UUUUCUUCCGAAAGAAGACUUUGAUCAGAAAGGACCAGUAAAAGUCAUCUUUCUCAGAGUGAAGAGACCGAUUGGCAUUCGUUGUGGUAGCAGAAGAAGAAGAACAUCAAAAAUGGCGGAUUCUAGAGCAUCGGACGGCGAAAGAGGGAAACGAAGUCCGGUUAGCGGCAGAGGGAAGACCGAGGCCAUGAACGUCAUAUUCUCUGAUCCCCAACUUCUCGAUUGCUAUAUUUGCUGCGAGCCCUUGUCCGCACCUGUUUUCCAGUGUGAGAAUGGGCACAUUGCUUGCUCUAGCUGCUGCACCAAAGUUCAGAAUAAAUGCCCUAGCUGCAGCUUGUCAAUUGGUUAUAUACGUUGCAGAGCGAUCGAAAAGGUUCUUGAAUCAAUCAAGAUACCCUGCCACAACUCAAUAUACGGAUGCAAAAUGACAAUGACUUUGAACGAGAGAAAUGACCAUGGGUCACUGUGUACAUAUGAACCUUGCUCGUGCCCGGUAUCCGAUUGCUUAUUUGUUGGUUCGUCCGAGAAGUUGUGCUCACACUUCAGCAAAAAGCACAAGAACUCAGCCAAAAGCUUCUCAUACAAUUCGAGGUUCACUCUAUGCUUGAACAGUGGUGAUAGUUACCGCAUCCUUCAAGCGGAGAAAGAUGGAGCUUUGUUCUUCCUCUCUUUCACUUUUGAAAUCUUCGGGAAUGCGGUAACUGUGAGUCGGAUUGGACCAUCGUCGUCUGAGAAAAAGUUUUGCUAUGAAAUCAAAGCGAAAACACAGGGGAGCAUUCUUUGUUUGCAAUCAAUCGCGAAGGAGAUCCAAGGUCGGGUUGAAGUUCCUCCUUCCAACAGAUCACUUUUGAUUCCGAACGAGUUCUUUGGAUCUUCAGCCCAGACGAUCUUGGAGUUUAGGAUUUGGCCUUCAUACUGAAAACAAACACUGGGGAUCAACACAGGUGCACAUACUUUUGCAAGAAAGCUGAUUAUUUAUAAACUGAGUUGAAUUAUGUUGGCUGGAUUUGUUCUUGGUUACCUAAUCUUUGCAUCUGAAUUUGUGUUUAUUUAUUUUUUUUUUUUGCAAAGGACUUGGUGCCUACGUUUGUA